AUGAAACGAUCCCGUCAGCCCUGGACUUGGACUCUACGGAUCGAGUCGAUCGGCAUUUCCCUGGACGGGAAUACCCUGGACGGUACGUGCGAUCACAGCCCGGAGGGCAAAGCCAUACGAGCUUGUCUUUGCAAGGGUGUCAGACGAGACUUGGCGUUUGACGCAGCGCACAACCAGGAGGGGUCCUGCCCUCCUGUCCUGAACGGAGGGGUGUCGGUACUCUCCGGGUCACUGCAGGCAGACGAGAUUGCUCUUUUUUUCUCUCUCUAG